AUGACAUCAACAAUCGAAUGUCUCGAAUUCAAUUGUUGGUUCAAUUAUAAGCAAUUAAAAAAAAUUGAAAAAGAAUGCCUUUAUAGUCCAUUAUUUUAUUCUUCGAUUAAUAAUACUACAUGGCGUUUACAAGUAGACAGGUUGCAUCCAACAGUAUUAGGUAUAUAUUUAACAUUAAUUGAUGGUGCUCCGUGUACAUUAUGUUCAUAUAAACUUUCGAUGAUUACUAAUACAAAACCAUCUCUUCUAAUUUUUAUUAACAAAUGUACUCAACAACGAAUAUUUCCAUCAAAUGGUUUCUCAUGGGGCUUUGAAAAUUUUUGUACACGUCGUGAAUUAAAAGACGAACGACAUCUUAUUUGUGAUCCAAAAACAAAAUUAAUUAAUGUACGAUGUACUAUCAGUAUAGAAAUUUUGACUCCAAAUAAUAUAACCGAUGAUCAUCAUUUAGCAACUGAUUUAUUUCAUACACGUUCACUUGAACUAUGGAUUGAAUUUUUAAAGCGAAACAAUGAUCUACCAGAGUUGACAAAUAGAGUAAAUCGAGAAAUUGAAAACAAUUUGAAGUAG